CAGCAAUGGCGGCGCCCAGGCCGUGAGGAGGAAGCGGCGGGAGCGGCGGCGGAGAUGUCGGGCCGGGGCGUCUGGCUGCGGGCUCGGGCGCGGCUGCGGCGCUUCCCCGCGCUGCUGGCGGGCUGCGGGGAGCAGGCGACGGCCUACGGGCGGUGCGUGGCGGCGGCGGCGGGCGGGACGGCGGAGCUGCGGCGGGACGCCUGCCUGGAGGAAUUCAGGGCGCUGCGGGACUGCUUCGCCCGGGCGGUGGGUCCCGGGGGAACCGGGGAGAAACGGGGGCGGCAGGGCCUCGGCCCGCUCUGACCCCCCCGCUCUUUACAGGCCAAGGCGACGGCCAAGUGACGGCGGGGCCGCCCCGGGGCCUCUCACCGAGCGGGAGACUCUUCGGA